AUGCCGCCGCUCAGCCCUCGGACCAAAGUAGACACGCAUCACCAUUUUGUUCCUGAAUUUUACAAUAAAGCUGUUCAGAAUGCGGGUGGGGAUCCCUCUGGAUUUCCCACGCCUCAAUGGAGUCCCGAAUCCGACGAAGAGUCCAUGGAGGUGAACGGAACGAGAACUGCUAUUCUCUCUGUCACUGCCCCCGGCCCGGUCAUUGCAGGCAGCGAUCAGCGUGCAAGGGAACUAGCUCGAGAGUGCAAUAUCUAUGCAGCCUCCCUUCGUGAUAAAAACCCCGCACGGUGGGGCUUCUUCGCGGCAAUGCCAUCGCUUCUGGACACCGAGGGCACGCUCGCCGAGAUCAGGUACGCUUUGGACGUACUGAAGGCCGACGGCGUCACCCUUUUCACCCGCUACGGCCCGAAGAAUCAUUAUCUUGGACACCAAGUGUUUAGAGCCAUAUGGCAAGAACUUGAUUCCCGUCGUGCAGUGGUAUUUAUCCACCCCACCCAUCCAAUUGACCUGCACAGGGUCAACGACAGUUUUGCGCAGUCUACAGUCGAUUACCCUCACGAAACGACUCGCACCGCGGUUGAUUUGAUUUCUUCAGGCACCAAGCGUGAUUUCCCAAACUGCAAGGUGAUUCUAUCCCAUGCCGGGGGGACUCUUCCGUGGCUGAUCUCCCGAGUGACGCCAUCUCUCCGCGGGGUUCCACAUGAUCCCAGAAAGGGCACCAAGACAUAUGAAGAGUGGAUGGAAGACUUCCGGUCGUUCUAUUACGAUCUCGCUCUCUCCAGCUCACCCCUUAUAUUAGCAGCGCUGCUUGGUUCUGUGCCACAUGACCAUAUUCUUUAUGGAUCUGAUUCACCUUAUGCACCGGCGGAUAAGAUAGCCCGUUUUAAAGAGGAUCUUGAGAAUUUCCCGAUGGACCAAAAUCUCAGGGAUAAGAUCUACUUCAAAAAUGCGUUGGCACUGCUGCCUCGGUUGGCUCAAGAGUACUCUACAGCAGAGUGA